UAGUUUACUUCCUGCCAUUUAAAAUGGAAACACCAGGACCCGUUAGCCACAGUUAGCUUAGCUGUAACGUAAAUUAACGCCGACACACUUUGUUGACAUUAUUCCUCGACGAACCCUCAGAUAGUUCAAACUUUUGUAAUCCAGACGGAGUGGAGAUGCGUCGCAGAGGAGUCGGAGCAGAAGAAGAAGCUCGCGCAGGCGAAAAUACAAAGAGAGAGAGGAAGCGUCCUGGCGGAGGAUCAGAUUGUUCAGAUGUCCGAACAGCUGGAGACGUUCAAAUCAAACCUGGAAGAGUUCGCCAGCAAACACAAACAAGAAAUUCGAAAGAACUCACAGUUCAGGGUUCAGUUUCAGGAAAUGUGUGCUGCCAUCGGAGUCGACCCACUUGCCUGUUAGAAUCCUUAACUGAGAAAGGUUUCUGGUCUGAGAUGCUCGGGGUUGGUGACUUCUACUACGAGCUCGGUGUUCAGAUUAUUGAAGUGUGCCUGGCGCUGAAACACAGAAAUGGAGGGCUCAUUACUUUGGAUGAACUCCAUCAGAGAGUUCUGAGAGGAAGAGAAAAAGGGAUACGUCACAGUGAGAUCAAGGCAGGUCUUAAAUGGGAGAAGGAGCGAGCUUGUCGUGUUCUGGAUCACCUGCUGAAAGAAGGUUUGGCCUGGUUGGACUCUCAGGCAGCCGGAGAGUCACAGUACUGGCUGCCCGCUCUCUUCUCCGAGCUCACAUCCCGUGAUGUCACACCGGAGGAGGCCAAUCAGAUGACACCUUAAAAAAAAAAAAGAAAAAGAAAAA